AUGGCCACGCUCGUCAAAGUGUCGCAAGGCUUCUACAUGGCCUCGACGCUCGCUGCGCUUGGCUACACCUUCUCUAGCUUCGUCGCCCACUACGCGCAAGAAAAUGCUUCUUUCAAUACAUUGCCGAGGAACAUUGUGCGUCUGGCCGCAGUUGGCAUCUUACUAGCGACGCUCGCCGCUGAAGCGGUGCUGCUGAGCAAGCAUACCCCGAUGGCUCCCGCGUUUACGGAGCACAUGCUCAGCCUCGUCUACUUCUUCGUGGCCUGGACUCUGGCAUGCCUGAGGAGGAGACUUCUUGUCGUCGAUUUGUUUUCUUUGUCACUAUUCACCGUUGUACUUGGUGGCCUGUCAUCAGUGACCGAGGCUGUCUCCGGGAGAAGCACGGAUCGCUUCAAAAUACUCCACGCCGUGCGUUUUAUCGUGGCUCUAAUACUCCUCGUGGACAGUGCAACCCGACUACGCAAGAAGACGAAGCCUGGCCAUAAGCUCGAUGAUGAAGCACAGCCUCUGCUUGCAGAUGGCGCUUCGUCGCACAGUUCCUUCGAGUCGCACACUUUGGGUGCCGCCUCCCCGAUUAAUAAUGACAGGGACAAAAAUAGCGAUACCACAUCUAUCGCUAGCGAUGAAUCUGAGGACGAUUUUGACUCUGCAGCUAGUCGACUACGUAAAAGUGGAAGCUGGAUCGAGUACCUCCGCAACUUCAAAGUAUUCUUGCCGAGCCUCAUUCCCCGCAAUGAUGUCAAGGUGCAGGCGUGCCUGGUCGUCUGCAUACUUAACGUCUUUGUAGGGAGAGCUCUUACUAUUGCCGUUCCACAGCAACUGGGUAAGCUGGCAGAUGAGCUUGUCGCGGGCGAACUUCCUGUCAAGGCUCUGCUCGUUUACUACCUGCUAACCCUGCUCAACGGCGAUUCUGGCAUCUUCUGCGUGGAGAAGUUGACCAAGAUCCCGGUGCAGCAGUAUUCGUACAAGAAGCUGUCAAACGCAGCCUUUAGCCAUGUGAUGAGCCUUGAGAUGAACUUUCAUGACAGUCAAGACUCCGCCGAGGUCAUGAAGGCUGUCGAGCAAGGCAGCGCCUUUAUUGUCCUGUACGCCAAAUUCAACGCCGCUGUUGCCGUCACCAUGGUUACCGCAGCCGUUCUCUUCCUCAGCACCGAAAUCGUCACCUCGAGCUGGAACAUUGACAAUCGCCGCCGCGUCACCAAAGCCGAGCGUCAACAGGCUCGCGCUAUGCACCAAGCCGUGCAGGGCUGGCGAACCGUGUCGGCCUUCAACAUGUUUGCCCACGAGCAAGGCCGCUACGGUGACGCCGUCACUGCAAACAAUCGCGCCAAGUUCAACUGGGGCGUUCGUGAUGCUUACAUUGAGGCCAUUCUUGGCGUCAUCAUGCCCACUACUUUCCUCUGCCUUUCACUUAUCCUCGCCCGCGAGAUUUAUGCUGGCCGUGCUUCGCCAGGCGACUUUGUCUUUCUUGUUCAGUACUGGGAUAUGCUCCUGUGGCCGCUGAAAUUCCUGUCGCAGGAGUACCGCUACCUCAUGAAGGAUCUCAUCGACGCUGAGCGCCUACUCGCGCUGCUCAACACGGAGCCCAAAAUCACAGACGAGCCGGAUGCCAAACCGCUGGGUCUCGUUAAAGGCGCCGUCAACUUUGAGCAUGUCGAAUUUGCCUAUGACACCCGCAAGGAAGCCCUCCACGACAUCAACAUUACUGCCGCACCGGGAGAGACGAUUGCCCUCGUCGGUGCUACCGGUGCGGGAAAGUCGACCAUCACCAAGCUGCUGAUGCGCUACUAUGACAUCACGGGCGGCUGCAUUACGAUCGAUGGAACCAACAUUCGCUCCGUGACGCAGGGAUCUCUACGCGACGUCAUCGGUCUCGUGCCCCAAGAUCCGCUACUCUUCAACGCCACCAUCAUGGAGAACCUACGAUACGCACGCCUGUCAGCCACCGACGAGCAAGUUUACGAUGCUUGCCGCUCCGCCGCCAUCCACGAGCAUAUCCUGUCCUUCCCUGACGGUUACGCGACCAAAGUCGGUGAGUCAGGUACCCGAUUGUCGGGCGGCGAGCUACAACGCAUCGCGAUCGCGCGCGUUUUCCUCAAGGAUCCGCCCAUCCUCAUCCUUGACGAGGCCACGAGCGCAGUGGACACCAACACCGAGGCAUCGAUCCAACUGGGGCUCGGAAGGGUGACUGAAAAGCGCACAACAUUUGUCGUCGCGCAUCGCCUAUCGACUGUCGUGCGCGCGAACAAGAUCCUUGUGCUGGAUGCCGGCCAAAUCAUCGAGAGUGGCACUCAUCAGGAGCUACUGCGACUCAAGGAGAACCACGACGAUAACCCAGACAUCCCAUUCACACUGAAGCGGAAACAAAAAUACAUCAGCCAAGUGAUAGAGGGCCACGCUGCGCUUCAUGAUAUAGGCGUGGUACAUGCUGAUCUUCAUCCUGACAACUUCACUUUUGCGCCCCCUGGUGAAGCGCACAUGACGCGACUUCUCGCUACGCCUCCCCUGGAGCAUGAUGUGCGUCUCAGGGACGGAAGCAUGCCGCCCCCAUGGAUGCCCCAUCGAGUUUCUGAGCCAGAGGACAUUGGCUUUACUACAAGUCAUGUGAAAAUUAUCGACUUUGGGUACUCUUUCAUAGCCAAGGCCGGUGCUGUCUACACAAAAGAGGACUUUCCCAAAGGGACCCCGCCUCCGCCUGAGCUUCUGCGUGGAGACAAAGUAACAGAUCAGCCAUUCAAGGCCGAUAGCUGGUAUCUUGGACAAGUGAUAUACUUUAUCCUGACAAAUGGGCCAAACAUUUUCCGGCGCCCAAUUGGGUGCAACGACGAGGGACUGCUCGAUGAGUAUAAAGUAGUCCUCGAUGAGGUACGAACUGGCCAGGACGAAGGACUCAACCAGCUUCCCCAGGAAUUAAGGGAUUUAUAUGUGCCGCUCAUUCUCCUGCUUCUUGAUGUGGAUCCAGAGAAGAGGCCCACGGCUCAGCAGCUGCGUAAGGAUGAGCGCCUGCUGACGGUCGCUCACGAUGCUACUGCUGAGAGGACGACUAGCGAAGCAGUACAAGCUAUCGGGAUAGACGAGGAUAGAACUUUCAACUUGGGCUUACUUGCCUGA